AUGAUAUAUUUAGUAACAGAAACCAGUCUACUCCCUGAAGACGUGUUGGCCAUGGUUAUGGAAAGAAUUACUGAGAAGAACAAAAAAACUCUCUAUGUGAAAGGAUUCGAUAUUCGAGACAAUGUGUCGACGGAAGAUUUUAUGAAGUUGCAUCCUGAUAUCUCCCACGUGCAAUUCAAUAGACGCCAAAAGAGAGCCUUUCUCGAAUUCGGGACUGAGAAAAUUUGCGAGAAAGCUAUUAAAGGGCUAAAAAACAAAAAAUUAGGCACUAAAGAUGUUACCUUUGAUUAUUGUGGGGAUAAAAGUGAGAGGAACGUUCCACUCGAUAAACCAUAUCACUCAAGACCAUAUGAUUCAAAGACUUUAUAUGUUACUGGGUUUGGUAAGGACACAACUAAAGAAAUUCUGAAAAAGGUAUUUGCAAAUUCUUCCAGUAUAAAGCUUCUAAAAUUCGAUAAAGGAAAAGGGAGCUUUAAAUUCGCUUUCAUCUGUUAUCCAAAUCCAGAAGAUGCCGAAAAAGAUUUCCGAGAAUGCCACAACAAAAUUGUUGAUGGUAUGCCCGCAUAUGUAACCUACGCUUUAACUAAGCCUAAGAUUGAUCUCCAACACGAAAAAAAUGAGGGACUAACAAAGAAACAAGACCUAGAAACAAAUGACAACACUAAGAAGAUCGAAAAACUGACCAACAAAAAUUCCGAUAAAAAUUCGCCCAAAAACAAGAUAGAUAAUAAAAAAUCUGAAAAGAAACUUAAAUUGAACCAAGAAGAUGCUGCCUCUAUAGAUGAUUCCGAAGAAGAAACCGAAGAUUUUGAUGACGAAGUAUUGAGCAAAUCUGACGAUGAAAAAGAUGAUUUGGAGGAUGAAGAUGAUAUGGAUGAUGAUGACGAAGGUGACAUGGAUGAUGAUGACGAAGAUGAUUUUGAUGAUGAGGAUGAAUAAAUGUUUAUUAAAUAUAUUUUAUCACAUUUACUAAUUUAAAAGUAGAUAUUGUGUAAAGAAAAUUUUUUAAAUUAUAUUUUAAACAAAUUUUUUUCCUUUAGAAAAGUAUAAAUUGCUAUUUUUUGUCCGAUAUAAAUUUAUUAUCUAUAUAACGAUAAUCAUGCAGAUUUAUAAAAUUUAAUAAAGUACUGUACUAUACAUUUCAUUUUUUAAUCCAUAAAAUAUAUAAGCUUUAUUGU